UUACGCAAGCCCCUUCGCCACGACAAGGCAGUGAUCCAUGAAGGAGUUACAGACAUAACCGUUAAACAAUAAUCCUGAUACAGCAAGGGCAACAGAAGGCUUGAACGUUGGAGGAAUCCAUGCUACCUGAUAGACAAAAACCAAUUCAUUUUUUUACAAUUAACCUUGGUGGAAGCACGAAUAAAACACCAGUACUAUAAAUUCAAAAUUCAUUUAAAUGUUGACUUUAUUUGUGUGAUGACCAAUAUAUUGUCUUUAUUUUACUUAGGUACAAGGUGGUGAAAAAGAUCUUCAUUCGGGAACUGUGGGUGGCAUCAUCCAUGAACCCAUGUCUGAUUUGGUAGCUCUGCUUGACAGUCUUGUGAAUUCAUCUGGACAGAUUCUGAUCCCUGGAAUGUAUGAUGAUGUGGCUCCAUUUACACAACAGGAGAAAAAGCAGUAUGAGUUAAUAGAAUUUGAUGUGGAAGAACACAAAUCAAAUCUUGGAGUGCAGGAAUUCCUCUAUGAUACCAAGGAGAAAAUACUCUUACAUAUGUGGCGCUUGCCAUCUCUCUCUAUUCAUGGGAUAGAGGGAGCUUUUUAUGAACCAGGCAUGAAAACAGUUAUACCAUCAAGAGUCAUAGGAAAGUUUUCAAUCCGGCAAGUCCCUCACAUGAACCUGUCUAAAGUGGAACAUCAGGUGAAAAAACAUUUAGAAGAUGUAUUCUCUAACCGAAGAAGUCCAAAUAAACUGACAGUGUCUAUGGAAAUGAGUUCAAUGCCCUGGAUUGCCAAUAUUAAUGAUCCUCAGUAUACAGCUGCUAAAAAGGCAAUCAGAAAAGUUUUUAACCAGGAUCCAGAUAUGAUCCGGGAUGGAUCAACAAUUCCCAUUGCCAGGGUCUUUCAGGAUAUAACAAGGAAGAGUGUGAUGAUGCUUCCAAUUGGCGCAAUGGACGAUGGGGAGCAUUCCCAGAAAGAGAAAAUAAGCAGAUUCAACUAUAUCAGUGGAACAAAGAUGUUUGCCUCCUUUUUACUGGAGAUUUCAAAACUUCAAGCCUCCAAUUUGAAAACAGUGAUAUGAUGGUCCAUAAAACUACAGUUUUAUUCGUUUCAUGUAUAUCUUAUGUAUGGAUGCAGUUCCAAAUGCAUAUAAUGACGCUAUAUGAAUCCUUCCAGAAAUAUAUUUUCAGAGUGAUAAAUCCUUA